AUGAGUACCGAUCACGCGAGGCAUGUUAUGCCCAUGGGCUACAAUUGGCGUUCCUCCAAGGCUUUUGUACUCGGAACCAUUUCAAUCGCGUUGUUUGCUGAAACAUUUCUAUAUGGCUUCCUAGUACCUUUCCUCAGCGACAUGCUUCAAGAUCGCCUGAACGUCCCGCCUUCUCAAGCUCAGAAGGUGACGUCUUCCGUUCUUGCUAUUCACGGUGCACUCUCCGCGAUAUUCGGCCCUAUUAUUGGACACUACAGCGAUCAGAAUCCUGGUCGGAAACUUCCAUUACUGAUAUCUCUUGGUGUCUGCAUCGUUGGCACCUGUAUGGUUGCAGUUGCUCGUUCGGUCCUUGUACUAUUGCUAGGCCGCGCAAUGCAAAGUAUCGCGGGAUCUGCUGUUUGGAUCGUCGGCUUCGCGACAGUCGCAGACAAUAUAAGCUCAAAUAAUAUGGGUUCGGCGAUGGGACUAGUGAUGUCGUUUGCGAACUCGGGAACGAUUAGUGGACCUGCAAUCUCGGGCUUGUUGUACGAGCUUGUUGGUUACUGGGCGCUGUGGUCAAUUCCGUUACUGGUUCUGGUCAUAGACCUUGUUGCACGCAUCCUUAUGAUUGAUUGUCCGUCCGAAAUCACAUCUGAUAACAGAUAUGCGUCAGGGUUAGAUACGCCGCUGCUAUUACGGGAGAAUCCAGCCUCAUCCAGUGCAUGGGGCAUCUGGCGCUCGCUGCUAUGCGACGGCCGUAUUCUCAUAUGUUUGCUCAUCACAUUCUCAAGCAUCAGUGUGACUACGAGCUUUUAUACGACUCUUCCUUCACACAUUGAGGAGAGAUUUAACUGGGGCCCAAGCUCUGCUGGACUUCUGUUUGCCAGUCUUGCUCUCCCGGGUAUCCUGCUCGGCCCUCUCGCUGGUUGGGUCCGUGAUAGGAUUGGGGCACGAUAUCCAGCGGUAAUCGGCUCAAUUCUUCAAGCCUUAUUCCUGGGCCUUUCAGGAGUCGCGGGGAGUACUGGAUUCUUCAGGUCCAGCUCCCAGAGUGGCGAUAAAGGAAUUUACUCAGCUUCCAUCAUUUCCAUUGGCAUAUUGCGGCCGUUUGUGUCUGGUAUCGCACCCGCUGAAUUGACUGCUGCUGCCAAAAAAUUUCAGAAAGAGAACAUGGUUUCUCUGGGGCGUGAAGGUGGCAUAUCACGCGUAAUCGCUAUGAUGGACGUGGCUGCAUCCCUCGGAAUGCUUCUUGGACCAAUACUAGGCGGUUCGCUUAUGGAAUAUUUUGGUUACGAGUAUAUGUGCUUCACGUGGAGUCUUCUUUAUCUCAUACUUGCUAUGCUUGGAAUAGGUCUUCUGGGUCAUAAGGAAACAGAUGACGGGCCCCACUCCGAAGAAUCCGCCUGA